AUGGAUCACUCCCGCGACCCCUGUCCCUGGGUUGCCCUGAGCGACUUUGGUGGUGCUUUCUGUAUGGGUGCGAUCGGUGGUGCCGUCUGGCACGGUGUCAAAGGUUUCAGAAACAGCCCCUACGGCGAGCGACGGAUAGGUGCCAUCACAGCCAUCAAGGCUCGCGCACCCGUUCUCGGUGGUAACUUCGGUGUCUGGGGUGGUCUGUUCUCGACUUUCGACUGCGCGAUCAAGGGUAUCCGGAAGAAGGAGGACCCUUACAAUGCUAUUAUCGCUGGUUUCUUCACCGGUGGUUCCUUGGCUGUCCGUGGUGGUGUCAAGGCUGCUCGAAACUCGGCCAUCAUGUGUGCCGUUUUCCUGGCGGUCAUUGAGGGUGUCGGUAUCGGUUUCCAGAGAAUGAUGGCCGACAACACGAAACUAGAGCUCCCUCCUCCCCCUCCUUCUCCCGAAAAGGCCGUCGCCUAA